AUGACAGGAGGAAAAGGGCCUGCAAAGUCAGAAGAACCCUUCCCCCCAGAUAAAAGUUCUGGCUCUCCGAGCUCCAGCCCCGCCAGUGGCAACAUAGCUAAACGCACCAAGAAGGUCGGAAUUGUUGGUAAAUAUAGAACACGUUGUGGUGUAUCCCUCAGAAAAAUGGUGAAGAAAAUUGAAAUUAGCCAGCAUGCCAAGUAUACCUGCUCCUUCUGUGGCAAGACCAAAAUGAAGAAACGGGCUGUGGGUAUCUGGCAUUGUGGAUCCUGUAUGAAAACAGUAGCUGCUGGUGCAUGGACCUACAAUACCACCUCUGCAGUCACAGUCAAAUCUGCCAUCAGAAGACUGAAGGAAUUGAAAGACCAGCAAAAUCUUCUUAUCAAAUAUCUGUAGCCCAUAGU